AUGUGCCCAGUGUUCUCUGAAAUCCGAGCAGGAGUCCUGCAGGGCUUGGCAGGGCUUCUGGAGACUAAUGUUAUCAAAGGCUUGUGCACCAAAGCUGAAGACAGCUCCUCCCUCCCCUGCGGGCCUGAGGCUGAGCUGCACUGCCAGGGAGGAGGCGGAGGUGUCUGCGACGCUGUGAGUCAGGCUCUGGCUGCUGCCGCGGCCGGCCUGGCGCUGCGGAGCGCGCGCGGGCAGCGGGGGAGGCAGCGGCGCCAGCCCCGCUCGCUCCCCGCCCCCAAGCUUGGGCCGCUGGUGAGCGGUCCUGGUGGCUGUUGCAGCCCCGGGGUCAGACCAGUGGCCACCCAGCUCGGCCGUUGCCCCCUGCUAUCUCCUCACGGGUGCCAGGCCCAGGGCCCCAGCCAGUCCCCAGCCCUGCUGGGAGCCCCGGCCAGCACCACGGACGGCACCCAGGAAGCCCGAGUCCCCCUGGACGGGGCCUUCUGGAUUCCCAGGCCACCAGCAGGUUCACCCAAGGGCUGUUUCACCUGUGUGUCCAAGCCUCCCGCCCUGCAGGCUGCAGCGGCCCCAGCCCCUGAGCCCUCGGCCUCGCCCCCCAUGGCGCCCACUCUGUUCCCCAUGGAAUCUAAAAGCAGCAAGACUGACAGCGUUCGGGCAUCAGGUGUCCCCCCGGCCUGCAAGCACUUAGCUGAGAAGAAGACCAUGACGAACCCCACAACAGUCAUCGAGGUCUACCCCGACACCACGGAGGUGAACGACUACUAUCUGUGGUCCAUCUUCAACUUCGUCUACCUCAACUUCUGCUGCCUGGGCUUCAUUGCUCUGGCCUACUCCCUCAAAGUUCGGGACAAGAAGCUCCUGAAUGACCUGAAUGGAGCCGUGGAAGAUGCCAAGACAGCACGGCUGUUUAACAUCACCAGCUCUGCCCUGGCAGCCUCCUGCAUCAUCCUCAUCUUCAUUUUCCUGCGGUACCCCCUCACCGACUACUGAGCCCAGCAGGCAGUGGCCUUGGAGACACAUCACUGAGACUGAUGGUCACAGAGAUUCAGGAUGCUGAGAGUACGGGGCAGAAUGGGCUUCGACCAAGGCCCAGAGCCAUGCAUGGCAGCAAGGCCACCAGAAGCUGAGUGCCCAAUGGAGUGGCGCACUCCUCCCAACCACCCUAUCUGCCUCCUGCCCCAUCCUGCUGUCACUGGGUCUCUGGACUCCCCCUCACGACGCUGCCUGGCUGCCAGUGGCUGCCCUCCCUGACCUAUGCACCCCACCCAGGUUCCUGCACCCCUCAGACCUGACACCCAGCAAGAAGGGCUUAUGUGGGAGCCCCCCAGAUAGGGGCUGCCAGCACCUGGGGCUCCCUCACUCCUGACCCCAAAUUCCUCCAAGCUGUGACCCCCUGCUCCAAGCUCUUGUAUCUGUGAACUUUCAUUAAAACAUGUGCCCAGCUCA